AUGGCUUGCCUUAGAUUCCAGAAGCACAAGGCUCAGCGGGACCUGGCUUCCAGGACAUGGCCCUGCACUGCCCUGUUCUCUUUUCUCUUCAUCCCUGUCUUUUCCAAAGCGAUGUACGUGGCCCAGCCUGCCGUGGUGCUGGCCAGCAGCCGGGGAGUUGCCAGCUUUGUGUGUGAGUUUGUAUCAUCAGGCAAAGCUGCUGAGGUCCGGGUGACAGUGCUGCGGCAGGCCAACAGCCAGAUGACUGAAGUCUGUGCCACAACGUACAUGGCGGAGAAUGAAUUGACCUUCACAGAUGAUUCCACCUGCACUGGCACCUCCAGUGGAAACAAAAUGAACAUCACCCUCCAAGGGCUGAGGGCUAUGGACACGGGGCUCUACGUCUGCAAAGUGGAGCUCAUGUACCCGCCACCAUACUAUGUGGGCAUGGGCAAUGGAACCCAGAUUUAUGUCAUUGAUCCAGAACCAUGCCCUGAUUCUGACUUCCUCCUCUGGAUCCUUGCAGCAGUUAGUUCAGGGUUGUUUUUUUAUAGCUUCCUCAUCACAGCUGUUUCUUUGAGCAAAAUGCUAAAGAAAAGAAGCCCUCUUACAACAGGGGUCUAUGUGAAAAUGCCCCCAACAGAGCCAGAAUGUGAAAAGCAAUUUCAGCCUUAUUUUAUUCCCAUCAAUUGAGAGACAAUUAUGAAGAAGAAAGAAUAUAUUCUGAUAUCUAAGAGCUGAGGCAAUUUCAUUUUGCUAUCCAGCUAUUUUUAUUUGUGUGUAUUCUGGGGGGGGGGAAUUCAUCUCUCUUUAAUAUAAAGCUGGAUGCAGAGCCUACUUUAAGUGUACUACAAUUUAAAGCAAAGGAACAGGAAAGCAGAGCUGGGAUGUUUCUGUCACGUAGGAUCCAAUUUUAGUAAAAACAUCACUAAGGAGCAUUAUGGGGAUGCAGCAUUAUGAUGUGGGGUCAAGGAAAUAAGUUAGAGAAUGGCAUAGUCCCAAGAAAGGGAAGGAAGGAAGUGAGGGAGAAGACUAUGUUGUACGCAUCUUGUAUUUCCAUGUGAGGCAUUUAUAGCUAACGUGAUGUUUUCUAGUUAGAUUUUUAUGAGAUAUUAUUUUUCUUAACAAAUGUAUAAUUACAUGAAGACUUUAAAAAUACUCACAUGGCUAUGUUUUAGCCAGUGAUUCCAAAGGUUGUAUUGUGUGUGUGUGUGUGUGUGUGUGUGUGUGUGUGUGUGUAUACACACAGAUAUAAAUAAUUAUUUGAUAGUAUUGUGCAUGGGGGCCAUGUGUACUUUUGUGUAUUUGCUGGUGGUUUUAAUAUAAACACUAUAAGGCAGUGUCUUCCCACCAUGGGUUCCAGGGAAGUUUUGUGGAAGAGCUCAGGACACUAAUACACCAGGUAGAAUAUAGGUCACUUGCUGGCUUGGAAACUGGAGGAGGUCAUGGCUGUACUCAGCAGUGGUGAAUUACACUGACUUGGUGUUGCAAUGGGCUUUGGAACUUUUAUGCCAGCUCCUUUCAAUGGUUUACAAAGAACUCAGAGAACGCUGUUGUCAAGACAACGAUACAGUCCAGGAAACCUGUAGGUCUGACCUUGUAGGAAGCUCCAGUUCCAUGCAAACACAUGAUGAAUGCCCAGGGCAGAAGAAAGUGGCAGGUGACAGAAUGGGGUGCAUUAAGGUUUCUGAAAACUAACACUGUUGGUGUUUUAUAAACUCAAUAUUUUCCAUGAAAA